GCCGUGGCCGCGGGCUGCGCUGCGUCCGCGAGGGCGCCCGGCGCGGGCUGAGGGGCGCUGGCGUGUCCCCGCAGGCAGCCCUGCGCCGGGAACGGCGCGCUCCUGGACACCGCCGGUCUCAAGAUGAGCGACCUGGACUCGGAGGUGCUGCCCUUGCCGCCGCGCUACCGCUUCCGGGACCUGCUGCUGGGCGACCCGUCCUUCCAGAACGACGACAGGGUCCAGGUGGAGUUCUACGUCAACGAGAACACCUUCAAGGAGCGGCUGAAGCUGUUCUUCAUUAAAAACCAAAGAUCGAGCCUGAGGAUCCGGCUGUUCAACUUCUCCCUGAAGCUUCUCACCUGCCUGCUCUACAUUGUGCGCGUCCUGCUGGAAGACCCAGCCCUGGGCAUCGGAUGCUGGGGCUGCCCCAAGCAGAACUACACCUUCAAUGACUCGACCUCCGAGAUCAACUGGGCUCCCAUUCUGUGGGUGGAGAGAAAGAUGACACUGUGGGUGAUUCAGGUCAUCGUGGCCAUAAUAAGUUUCCUGGAGACGAUGCUUCUCAUCUACCUCAGCUACAAAGGAAACAUCUGGGAGCAGAUCUUCCGAGUGUCCUUUGUCCUGGAGAUGAUCAACACGCUGCCCUUCAUCAUCACGAUCUUCUGGCCACCGCUGCGGAACCUGUUCAUCCCCGUCUUUCUGAACUGCUGGCUGGCCAAGCACGCGCUGGAAAACAUGAUUAACGACUUCCACCGUGCCAUCCUGCGGACGCAGUCGGCCAUGUUCAACCAGGUCCUCAUCCUCUUCUGCACCCUGCUGUGCCUUGUUUUCACGGGGACCUGCGGCAUCCAGCACCUGGAGCGGGCGGGCGAGAACCUGUCCCUCCUGACCUCCUUCUACUUCUGCAUCGUCACCUUCUCCACCGUGGGCUACGGCGACGUCACGCCUAAGAUCUGGCCAUCGCAGCUGCUGGUGGUCAUCAUGAUCUGCGUGGCCCUCGUGGUGCUCCCACUGCAGUUCGAGGAGCUCGUCUACCUCUGGAUGGAGCGGCAGAAGUCGGGGGGCAACUACAGUCGCCACCGCGCGCAGACGGAGAAACACGUGGUCCUGUGUGUCAGCUCCCUCAAGAUCGACCUCCUCAUGGACUUCCUGAACGAGUUCUACGCCCACCCCCGGCUCCAGGACUAUUACGUGGUCAUCCUGUGCCCCACGGAGAUGGACGUCCAGGUGCGCAGAGUCCUGCAGAUCCCACUGUGGUCCCAGCGGGUCAUCUACCUCCAGGGCUCUGCACUCAAAGACCAGGACCUCAUGCGGGCCAAGAUGGACAAUGGGGAGGCCUGCUUCAUUCUCAGCAGCAGGAACGAGGUGGACCGCACAGCAGCAGACCACCAGACCAUCCUGCGUGCCUGGGCCGUGAAGGACUUCGCCCCCAACUGCCCCCUCUACGUCCAGAUCCUCAAGCCUGAAAACAAGUUUCACGUCAAGUUCGCCGACCACGUGGUGUGUGAGGAGGAGUGCAAGUACGCCAUGCUGGCGCUCAACUGCAUCUGCCCGGCCACUUCCACCCUCAUCACCCUGCUGGUGCACACGUCCCGCGGCCAGGAGGGACAGGAGUCCCCGGAGCAGUGGCAGCGCAUGUACGGGCGCUGCUCCGGCAACGAGGUGUACCACAUCCGCAUGGGCGACAGCAAGUUCUUCCGCGAGUACGAGGGCAAGAGCUUCACCUACGCGGCCUUCCACGCCCACAAGAAGUACGGUGUGUGCCUCAUCGGGCUGAAGCGGGAGGACAACAAGAGCAUCCUGUUGAACCCGGGGCCGCGGCACAUCCUGGCCGCCUCCGACACCUGCUUCUACAUCAACAUCACCAAGGAGGAGAACUCGGCCUUCAUCUUCAAGCAGGAGGAGAAGCGGAAGAAGAGGGCGUUCUCGGGGCAGGGGCUGCACGAGGGUCCGGCCCGCCUGCCUGUGCACAGCAUCAUCGCCUCCAUGGGGACGGUGGCCAUGGACCUGCAGGGCACAGAGCACCAGCCCACACAGAGUGUCGGGGGCGGCGGGGGCAGCAAGUUGGCACUGCCCACGGAGAACGGCUCAGGCAGCCGGCGACCCAGCAUCGCACCUGUCUUGGAGCUGGCCGACAGCUCAGCCCUGCUGCCCUGCGACCUGCUGAGUGACCAGUCAGAGGACGAGGUGACACCCUCGGACGACGAGGGGCUCUCUGUGGUGGAGUACGUGAAGGGAUACCCCCCCAACUCGCCCUACAUCGGCAGCUCCCCAACCCUGUGCCACCUCCUGCCUGUGAAAGCCCCCUUCUGCUGCCUGCGGCUGGACAAGGGCUGCAAGCACAACAGCUAUGAAGACGCCAAGGCCUAUGGGUUCAAGAACAAGCUGAUCAUCGUGUCAGCAGAGACAGCUGGCAAUGGGCUGUACAACUUCAUCGUGCCACUGCGGGCCUACUACAGGUCCCGCAAGGAGCUGAACCCCAUCGUCCUGCUGCUGGACAACAAGCCCGACCACCACUUCCUGGAAGCCAUCUGCUGCUUCCCCAUGGUCUACUACAUGGAGGGCUCCGUGGACAACCUGGAUAGCCUGCUGCAGUGCGGCAUCAUCUACGCCGACAACCUGGUGGUGGUGGAUAAGGAGAGCACCAUGAGCGCCGAGGAGGACUACAUGGCGGACGCCAAGACCAUCGUCAAUGUGCAGACCAUGUUCCGGCUCUUUCCCAGCCUCAGCAUCACCACGGAGCUCACCCACCCUUCCAACAUGCGCUUCAUGCAGUUCCGUGCCAAGGACAGCUACUCUCUGGCGCUUUCCAAACUAGAAAAGAGGGAGCGAGAGAACGGCUCCAACCUGGCCUUCAUGUUCCGCCUGCCGUUCGCCGCCGGCCGCGUCUUCAGCAUCAGCAUGUUGGACACGCUGCUUUACCAGUCCUUCGUGAAGGACUACAUGAUCACCAUCACACGGCUGCUGCUGGGUCUGGACACCACGCCGGGCUCUGGCUACCUCUGUGCCAUGAAAAUCACCGAGGGCGACCUGUGGAUCCGCACCUACGGCCGCCUCUUCCAGAAGCUCUGCUCCUCCAGCGCCGAGAUCCCCAUCGGCAUCUACAGGACGGAGAGCCACGUCUUCUCCACCUCAGAGCCCCACGAUCUCAGAGCCCAGUCCCAGAUCUCAGUGAACAUGGAGGACUGUGAGGACACGCGGGAAGUGAAGGGGCCCUGGGGCGCGCGCACUGGCACUGGAGGCAGCUCCCACAGCCGCCACACGGGCGGCGGCGACCCCGCGGAGCACCCGCUGCUGCGGCGCAAGAGCCUGCAGUGGGCAAGGAGGCUGAGCCGCAGGGGACCCAAGCAGGCGGGCCGGGCGGCGGCCGCGGAGUGGAUCAGCCAGCAGCGCCUCAGCCUGUACCGGCGCUCCGAGCGCCAGGAGCUCUCUGAGCUGGUGAAGAACCGCAUGAAGCACCUGGGGCUGCCCACCACCGGCUACGAGGACGUAGCAAAUUUAACAGCCAGUGAUGUCAUGAAUCGGGUAAACCUGGGAUAUUUGCAAGAUGAGAUGAACGACCACCAGAACACCCUCUCCUAUGUCCUCAUCAACCCUCCGCCCGACACGAGGCUGGAGCCCAAUGACAUUGUCUAUCUCAUCCGAUCCGACCCCCUGGCUCACGUGGCCAGCAGCUCCCCGAGCCAGAAGAGCAGCUGCAGCCACAAGCUGUCAUCCUGCAAUCCCGCGACACGCGACGAGACCCAGCUCUGAGCCAGCCCUCCACGGAGCUCCGGCUGCCAGGCAGGGGAGUGGUGCCCUGCCCAGGGUCCUCAGGAAGGACGUGGAGGAGCAAGGACACAGUGGCACUCGGGUGACCCUGGGAUGCCACACUCUGCUCAUGCGGCUCCCGGAACUCCACCCAGAAAGGAGGCCCUCAUGCUGUUGGGGGAGGGCCAGCUUACCUCUGGGCACCUGCAGGCUGGUGGGGAGAGUUUUUUAACCUAUUUUUACAAAUCGAUGAGUCCACGUCUCUUUACACAGAUGUACCGCAACUCGUGACCAGGGCCGGUUGGGAGGGCAGUGCAGGGAAUGGACACCCUGCAGGGCUGAGGCCAGGCUGUGUUAGAGGGUGGGGCUGGGGUGCAUGGGGAGCGGGAGAGAACCCAGAACCCGGGAGCCCCACGUGGGCCACAGCCGACUGUGAGCCGGCCGGAGAGUUCACAGCCAAGCAACUUCACUUCCCGCCAGCCAGGGCCUGGGGGCCAGGGUGCUGGUCUCCACUCUGUGGGCCGGGCGAGGGGCCCUCUGCUGUUUGCCGUCCUGAGCCCCUUCUGGAAGUUAGAAGCCUCGAAGGGCCCAGGGAAGCCGGGCAUGUGUGAGGGGUGUGUCCCCAGGUCCCCAGACAGCCCUGCUGCCAUGGGCCUUUCUGAACAGAAGCAGGAGAGCCGCUUUCUCUACUUCGCACUGAACUUCUCCAGCUCCUGCGUCUGGGGGACGUUGGGCGCACAGAUGGUGCAUUUCCAUGGACCAUUUUAUACCCUUUUAAAGCAAAGCCUCGUUUUCUAAACCCCGACCUGUGAAGCACAAUUAAGCCUCUGGGCUGGGCCGUGUGGACGGAGGAUCUCAGCAAGGGGAAUCCCAGCGGCGGCUGACAGCAGGAGCCGCCCUGAGUCCUUUACUGCUG